AUGAAGGAAAUAUCUGUAUUGUCACGCUCAAUCAACAAGAAUGUCAAUCUCUUUGCAUUCGAAGACUACCUUAGUGCCCAGGCAGCUUCACUACCGGAGCUACCAAAUGUGAAACAAUUGUCUUCUCGCGUCAUUCGCGUGUUGGGAGGCAACCCAGGACCGAUGCAACUUCAAGGGACCAACACGUACAUCGUCGGUACUGGAAAUGAACGGAUUCUCAUUGAUACCGGUCAAGGAAUGUCUCAAUGGGCGAGCUGGAUUUCAUCAACACUUACGGAGCACAAAAUAACACUCGACAAAGUUCUCUUAACUCACUGGCAUGGAGAUCACACAGGGGGCGUCCCUGACUUGAUAAGACUCUACCCCAACCUUGGGGGAUCAAUUUACAAGAAUCAGCCUGAUGGCGGUCAGAAACCCAUUUCGGAUAGCCAAGUAUUUCAUACCGAAGGAGCAACAAUCCGCUGCGUGUUUACUCCCGGUCAUUCUGUCGAUCACAUGUGUUUUCUAUUAGAAGAAGAGAGUGCCCUUUUUACCGGUGACAAUAUUCUCGGUCACGGAACGACAGCUGUUGAAGAUCUAGCCGUCUACAUGAAAAGCCUUUACAUUAUUCAAGAUCAAAAAUGUCGAAUUGGAUACCCCGGGCACGGGGAGGUGAUAUGUGAUUUGAAACACACCAUGCAAACUGAGAUUGGCCGGAAACAACGUCGUGAGCGCCAGAUAAUAGCUGGUCUCAAAGCACUUCAGAAACGCAAUCCUAGUAGUGCAGGGGCAUCCCCCAGGGACCUAGUAUCUGAGGUAUUUGGAGAACUGCCAGGAGAUGUCGUUGAUGGGAUUUUUGAGCCUUUCAUGAAAGAGCUACUGAUGAAACUGGCAAGUGAGAAGAGAGUUGCUUUUCGAUUGAGCCUGGGAAACAAAGUGUGGUUUGUCAAGGGAUAA